UUUGAGGAGUUUUUCAUGCGUGCCUUUAAGAGGCGAGCCGGGGCCGCGCGCAGGGGGAACAGCGCGAGCCUCUCCGCGUGCGCCGCACGUAGCUCUUCACGUGGGUGUGGCGGGGCCGUAAGAGCCGCGGAGUGGCCGGCUGGCUCCGCCUCUCCUUGUUCCCGUCAGAGCUUCCCUGGGGAGCUGCGCCCCCCCCAGUCCCGAGAGUGCGAGUGAGGCGCGGGUUGGCUCCGCCAAGUGGCGCCGCCGCUGCUCCCUGACUAACGGCCGCCCCGCCCCUGCUCCCUCCCCCCCGCGUGUCCCUUCCCCUCCCCCCCGCGUGUCCUGCCCCCUCUGCUGCCGCCGCCACUGCUGCUACCAGCGCAGCCUGGACUAAGAGGAACUCCGCAGCGAACUGAGGAGAAGUGAGGAGGCGGCGGCGGGGCUGAGACUCACCAGCCAGAGGCAGCGGGAGGGAGGCGGCGAGGACACCGGGCGCAGCGCGACGCGGCGGCAGCAGCGACACCCGCAGCGGCCGGGAGGAAACAAGCGGCGGCGGCGGCGGCGGCGGCGACUCCUCGGGAAGAAGCAGCAGCGCCUGCCCGCCCCCUCCCCCGCUGCGGAGAGCAGACAGGGGCAGUACCGCGGAGAGGAGCUGGGCUCCGUGCGUGCGUGCGCGCGGGAGGAGGGGGAACCUGGAGGACUGCGCCGGCCGGCCGGGGGCGCACGGAGCCGGGGAACGGGGGGAGACCGAGUUUCCUCUUUUCCGCACCCGGGACCCGGCGGCGGCGGGUUGGUUUGUUGCUGAUUGAAUCUUCUUUCUCCUCGGGGAGCCCACCGUCCCCUCCGCUCCCCUCCCCGCCCCGCCCCGCCCGGAUCCGGCCGGGCGCCCAGUGCCGUGGUCGGGCUGCGCGGCGGACGCUCGCGGGCUCUGCGCGAUUGGAAUAUGGUUGGGGAAAUGGAAGCCAAGGAGAAGCCGAAGCCGAGCCCCGAUUACCUGAUGCAGCUGAUGAACGACAAGAAGCUGAUGAGCAGCCUCCCCAACUUCUGCGGGAUCUUCAACCACCUCGAGAGGCUGCUGGACGAAGAAAUUAGCAGAGUACGGAAAGACAUGUAUAACGACACAUUAAAUGGUAGUACGGAGAAGAGAAGUGCAGAAUUACCAGAUGCUGUGGGACCUAUUGUACAGUUACAAGAGAAACUAUAUGUGCCUGUAAAAGAAUAUCCAGAUUUCAAUUUUGUGGGAAGAAUCCUUGGUCCCAGAGGACUAACAGCUAAACAGCUUGAGGCAGAAACUGGAUGCAAGAUAAUGGUCCGAGGAAAGGGCUCAAUGAGGGACAAAAAGAAGCGUCCCUAUGAGUGCUCCACUUCAUCUGGAGAAACACCUGCAAAAGUCUCCUUUAAGAGCAGAAGCAACCUUGAUCCAGCAGUUUUGGAGGUAGAGGAGGAACAAAACAGAGGCAAGCCAAACUGGGAACACCUGAAUGAAGAUUUACAUGUAUUAAUCACUGUGGAAGAUGCUCAAAACAGAGCAGAAAUCAAAUUGAAGAGGGCUGUUGAAGAAGUAAAAAAAUUACUGGUACCUGCAGCAGAGGGAGAAGACAGCCUUAAAAAGAUGCAGCUAAUGGAACUUGCAAUUCUGAAUGGCACCUACAGAGACGCCAACAUCAAAUCACCAGCCCUUGCCUUUUCUCUUGCAGCCACAGCCCAGGCUCCAAGGAUUAUUACUGGGCCUGCUCCUGUUCUCCCCCCAGCUGCCCUGCGUACUCCUACGCCAGCUGGCCCUACCAUAAUGCCUUUGAUCAGACAGAUACAGACCGCUGUCAUGCCAAACGGAACUCCUCAUCCAACUGCUGCAAUAGUUCCUCCAGGACCUGAAGCUGGUUUAAUUUACACACCCUAUGAGUAUCCCUAUACACUGGCACCAGCGACAUCAAUUCUUGAGUAUCCUAUUGAACCUAGUGGUGUAUUAGGUGCGGUGGCUACUAAGUUCGAAGCCGAUAUGCGUGUCCAUCCUUACCAAAGGAUUGUGACCGCAGACCGAGCCGCCACCGGCAACUAACCUAUGACCUUCUGACCUCUGAACUCUUCACCCAAUGAUGACCUGACCAUGCCUGCCUGCUGAUCAGUUAACUGGUAAUCGCCUUUGCUUGCCUGUCUUCAGUGCAGCGAGCUGAGGCACUUGUCCGUUCGUCUUACCAUCUAACAAAAAAGACAAAGAAAUUAUUGUCCUCCAACUCAGCUUUUUUUUCCUGUUUGGGUGAAAGUGGUUCUAGAACCUGCACUGAAUAGUAGUAAAGCAAUAAGGUCCAAUUCAUCCCUCAGCACUGAUCAUCCUUUAGUGUCCCACCUUAAACGAACGGUAAGAAGGCCUCACUUAAGUGAUGGAGACAGAUGUCCCUUAACUACCCGAUGACAGAGGCAGUUACUGUGAGCGACUUCUAGGAAUCUUUUUCUUCUUUAAUGAAGUCAGAGCUCUCUUUGAAUGUACUGUGUGAUGAUGCAUCAUGCAUGAACCUUUGGUCAGGGAUGUCAUUGGUGAAGGGAGUCCAAAAAGUAUUCAAAAUUUGACUUGCUGUUUAGUCACUACCAGUGCCCUCAAAGGGCAAAAGUUGCAGCCUUUUUUCUAUUGCCUGCCAAAUUGGAUGUUUUAAAAGAACGUGUGCCAUGAAAGAUAGAUUUCAGUGAAUUUUCAGAACUAUGUUAAUGCAAAGAACAAAACAGCAACACUAUCAAAGCAAAAUCUGAGUUAAGAUUACUUUAACCGUAUUUAAACUUUCUUAAAAGAUUACAUGAGAACAAGGUACAUGCAUUAUGUGUCACAUUACUGGGCAAACUGUUCAAAUAUUUUUUUUAAACCUCCCUGUAUAGAAAAAUUUCAUUAAGGAUGUAAAAGCCAUGCUUGCCUAUUUGCUGUAUACAUGUAAUGAAAUUGUAGAUAAAGUGUAGUCCAUUGAAACAAAAUGAACAAAAAAGUAGAUACUUUUACUAUACAAGGGUGCUGGUGCAGAAAAAUAUAUUUUGGAAAUGUAGCAUUUUAUACUUUCAAGUGUUAUUAAAAAAGAAAAAAAGAACAAAGAAACAACCCUUUAUUUCAUUAAAUGAUUUUUUCUGGUGGUUGUCAAGAAACAAAAGACCAAAAGAGCCUUUUUGUCUUUCUUUUUUAUUUUUUAAGUAUUGGAAUAAGUCUAAAGAAAAGGAAGUGCCUUAUUUUCUUCAUGGUCAUUUAGUCAAAUGUCUCGUAUAAUCAGCUCCUCCCUCAGACAACAAGUUAAUGCAUGCCACUUAGUCGCCCAGUAUGUGAAAAGAAGCUGGGAAAGGAAGACAAAUGAGUUGACCGUUUGAAAUACCUGAUUUUUGCCAUAUUAGCAUGAUGCAACUUUGCCAAAUCUUAUAAUGUGAAAUGUUUGAUAAUUUUUCUAUCAAAUGCUGGCCCCCAUUAGUCUUGCAACAUUUUCAUCAUCUCAAACCAUAGUUAACGCAUAUUUUGUUUCAUGUACUUGCUCAAUCUAAACCAAAGGGUUCUGACUCAUUCUAAAUCAGAGCAUUAGCUGACAAAUGUUUAUAAGGCAGCAAGUACUCCAUUUUGUUCAGGGGAUGGCGUGGAGUUGUCUUGAUUUGAAAUAUUGACAAGUAUAUCAGACCUUAUACUUGUCCACAGAAAAAAGUUUGGUGGAUAAUGAAAUUGAACAUGUUUAACUAAUUUGAAGUCUGACCUAAGCAUGUCCCAGUAUUUUGUAAGCAGCUCCCACGGUGUCAAAUAGUGUAUAAGAUAUUGAUUUCUCAUCAGCCCCUGCUUGAUUAAUAUUGAUUGAUUGUUGCUUUUUAUUCCAAAAAAAAAAAAAGCAGAAAGACUCAUCAACUAUUUUUUUAAAAAUUCAUCUAUAGUUCAGUAUUAUCUUUAAGCGCCACAUGAAAUUCAUCUAGCUAGACCAGCAUAACAGCUGAAAAGCUUUUUUGAAAGUGUUGAAUUCUGAAAAUAUUGAGCAAGUAUUAGUUUGCUAAUGGCUCAGUAUUAGACUUGGCAAAUAUCAGGUGGUGAUUUAUUUUCCCUCUUGUCAACUUAUUCUCCUCCUGCAAACCUUCAUAGCUUCCAAAUCAAAGGUCAAUAGUAAGCUAAGAAAGAGGGCUUAUGGUUUAAGCACCUGUAUGGUGAUCUCAUCUAACAUCUUGUCUCACCUGGAAACAAUUAUCAGUUUAUUUACUAUGCAAUAGACAUUCAUCCUUUUGUAUUCAGCUAGCUUUUGUUUAUCGUGCCACCAGCUUGUCUUCCUGUUACACAUACAGUUGUUUUGACUUAAUUUACAGUAUAUAUGCUGUGCCAUUUUGAUUUUUGUUUGGUUGAAUAAACCUGCGACACUCAAACAUUUGAAAAGAGAUUUGCUAAAACAAUACCAGUAUUUGAUCCAGAUUUCAUCUCAACUAUGAUAAACCUGGACAUUUUAGAUGUUUAUCAAAUGGGGGAAAGUUAAGUGUAUGAAAUAGAAGUGUGACAUGUAAUAGUAAUGUUUGCUCUGAAUGAACAAACAAACUUUUGAAAACAUAGUUGAUAAAAUUUUGGAUCAACUUAAAAAAAAAAGCAUGACUUUUGAAAUCUCUGAAUGCCUUGGUUCUCAGUAUUAUAAUUCUUUAUUGAAUUUUUCUUUAUUAAAAUAUGUAGUUUUAAGACUUCUUUCUGACAGUAUUAUGUAAUUUUUUUAGAGUGGGUAGAUGGGAGUGUCGCUUGUAUGUAACAGUACAGAUGACAUGUAUUUGUCUAUUCUUUAUUAUCUUAGUAUUUUCAUGCUGUGUAUGUAUCAUAACCAACCUAUUGCCUAUGAGAAACAUGUAAGAUAAUGUAUUUACAGCCAUUGUUACAAGUUUAUAAUGUAUUUUUCUAUCUUGUUUUAUAUGUAUGUUAUAUAAAACAUUCAAUUUUUUUCCUGAUUGAGAAAAAAAGGAUACAAAAAUGCAAAACCCACAAUUUUGAUAACUGAAAAUUGCCAAUUGUUUUGCAGUACUUUAUUAUAUUGGGAGUGUUGUCUUUCUUGGGCUUUUAGUUAGCUACUGGAUGAAUACAUUAGACAUAUUUGGGUUUUAGUUGGGUUUUUACAUAGCUUGCAUUUUAAUUCUUUGGUUCUUUGCUGUUUCUAUUAACCCAUAGCAUUAUUUUAAUAAAUGUUAUAAUAUCAACCUACUAA